AUGGCUGGACAUAAUGAAGAUAGAAAUAAAAACAAAAUGUGUGUCAAUACGAUAGCAAAGUUCAUACUAAUAGUUUUAAUUAGUGUUAAACAAGUACAGUGUAGUGAAGACGAUGAGAUAGCGAAACGAAUGAAGAUUAUAGAGAGUGUUUCAGGUAGAUAUUUUAGUGACGUUUAUCAGAAUGGGACAUUUAGGACUGGGAAUGUGUUGUGGGACGAUAUUUUGAACAAGUGUACUGUGACUCCAUCAGUGAGCUGUUUACAGAAGAAUGUUUACACUUACCUUGAUGAUAGGUUAGGGGUGAACGGUGAUGUGGAAGUGACUAGUGGUGUGUGCUUCAAGAAGAACAAUGUGGACAUCAACAAGUAUAGCAAGGAAGCUAAUACUAUCUACCUCACUGGCACUGAUAGUGCUGAAGAAAAGGCACGGUACUUGGAGGAGGAGAAUGAAGUGGAUGGUGAUGAACCAGAAUCUCCUUUUGAAGAAAUUACGGACGCCCUAUAUGACAAGAGUGUCAAGUUCCUGGUAACACAUGACAUGAAGCUGACUCUCCCUGAGAUGUUCUUCAAAGGAGCGACGUUGAGGGUGUCCCCCAGGGCGCUGACAAAGACUGGAGCUCUGGUACAUAUAGAUCUGGAGCCACAGGAGAGCAAUGGAGAGGGGAGGUUGUUUUUUAAGAAGAUAAAAAAAUACAUAAAGAAGAAGCUAAUUACAGCGGCCAUAGCAAUCAUCUUAGUCAUUAAACUGAUUGCAUUGAAAUUAGUCUUCGUUUUACCUUUGAUCAUGGGAGUGACGACUGCGAAGAAAAUGUUCCUCAAACUCCUGCUAUUCGUCUUCCCAGCACUGAGUCAUAUCUUCAAGCUUUGCUCUUGGUACCACCAGAACUAUCACACGACGAAGUAUCACCAUCAUCAUCACUUGAUUACUCAUCAUCAUAAGGGACCUCAUCACCAGCCCUACGGUGGCCAUGCAUCGCAUCCAUCAACAAUAGUGGUGCGACCUCACAGCGCUGGUCCACCUCCAGUCUCAGAACAUUUCGAGAGCGAGAACUGGCCACUUUCUGGAGCUCCACUUGGCACUGACUAUAUCAUUGGUGAUAUCCAUCGAAACGCGAUAUCAAACUUCAAACCGACACUGAAUGACGCUAACGACAUAAACGCAUGGGGACUUGGCAUGCCACCAGGACCAUCGAAUGUGGGUGAGAUCGCAGCGAGUAACAACAUAGCACAAACUGUAGCAGCAUCAGCUUCUGUACCUCAAAGAGUAGUCGUCGCUAAUACUGGGAGACCCGUGGGACCUCCGAAUCCGUACUAUCGAGCAAAUAAAAAAGUAACGCAGAAAGAUCCGCUUCUAGCUGAAAAGGAGGCAUUGAUUCGAGCAGCAUCAAUAGCGGCUCGAGCACCUCCUUCUCCGGUCAGGGAUGAGAUACUAAGGGUAUCUGCAGUCAAACUGAAGGAGACUAACAGAAUAAAGGCAGAAACUGAACUAGUGAAACAACAGCAGCAGAUAUUGGCUGCACAGGAUCCAGAAACGAUAGCAGCAGAGAAGUUCUAUGGAGCACUAGUGGGCUAUGUAGACGCACUGCUAGGCCAGAUGGGUGCUACCGACCUUGGCUGCAGGGAGAGAGCCGUGUGCUCUCUUUACGGUGACCCCUUCAAGCAUACGCCGUACAGUAACCUCGUCUCUGGACAUCUCAGCAAGGACUCCAAUGAGCUUGUACCAGCGGGAGACAGCAUGAUGGCCAUUAACUACUACAGAUACGUACAGGCAGCCCGUGAUGGACAGGAACAGAAGGACUGUCUCAUAUCAUAUCCAAACUGCGACAUAGACUUCAAUAAAAAUAGAAAAUGA